UGCUCAAGCUGUAGUUUUUUCUUGAAACAAUUUUGUUUAUCAGAGACACUAAAUCUCAGGAGUGCAACAGGCGUCAGCAUUGAAGAAAAUGUCCAAAAGUACUGAGAUCAUCAAUUUGUCGUAUUUGUUGGACAAUGAGAAGCAAACGAUAUUGGAAGUUUUAAACCGAGAUGAAGCAUUGAGAAAGACUGAAGAAAAAAGGAUUAGGAAAUUAAAGAAUGAGCUUAUUAGGAUCCGUGGUUCAGGGGUGAAUCGAAGAAAUCAGCAAAUUAAUGACAGAGCCUGUAAACGAUGCCAAAAAACUCUAGGGCUUAUCUUCUGCAGAGGGGAUAUGUGCCAGAUAUGCAAUGAACGUGUGUGUACGGAGUGUCGCAUUGUGAGUGAAGAUGGGUCCUGGAAAUGCAACAUGUGUGCAAAAAUGGCAGAGUUGAGGGUAGUUACCGGUGAGUGGUUUUUUGAAGAAAGGUCAAAGCGAUUUCAACCUGCAAUGGUGAUGGGAAGUGAAGUUAUUAAACAGUCCAUCAACAGGAAAACGAUAGAUGAUAAAACACAGCACUCAAAACAAUAUCUAGAGGAAGUUUCAAAGACCCCCACACUAACAAAAAAUGAUAAGAAGAUUGUACCAGAUGCACUCAGACGGCUCAAAAAACAUGGCAAAUCCAAAUUGAAAUUACAGAACGAGAAAGGACUAGACACAAAGUCUGAGGAUGGAAGAAACUCAUCUUAUGCAGGCUCAGACUUUGAAAUGGACAGCAUGCAUUCUGUACCUUGGUCUGGCAGGGGAAAUUCAUUUGGAGUGGAGACCAAUGCAACGCAAGUAACUCCUGAUGGUCUCAGGUCCUCUUUACCAUAUAUUAACCGGAGCAGGACUACUACCCCAGUUGCACAGACUUCACCCUCACUGAGCAAACGCAGCAUUACAUCAGAUUAUAUGAAGGCAGCAUCUUCAGACAGCAUUGACACUCUGCAAAUGAGUAAUAGUGUAUCUGAAGAUCUGUCCAGAGGAAAACACAAUACACCUACAAUAGCCAUUUCAAAAUACUCAAUUUCAUCAGAUCGCAGUAGGUCUGAGUUAGACCUGAGUGGAUCUGCUAUACAAGGGGAUGAUGAUUCCAUAAGCCUCAGUUCUGUGCCCGGAGGCCUUAAUGAAGCUAAGGAUUACAUGGAGGAGGAGGAAGAGGAGGACAUUGAUGAUUUGGUCUCUAUAUAUCGACCAAACAGUAUAAUAAGCAGCAUAACAACUGGAUUAUCAACUACCAGUUUAAAUAGCAUGCUGAGUGUGUACAGUGAAACAGGAGAUUAUGGCAAUGUGAAUAUCAGUGGGGAAAUUCUGUUUGUGGUCAACUAUAACUACAAAAGUGGGGCACUAAACAUUAAUGUGAAAGAGUGCCGUAAUCUAGCAAUUGCAGAUGAAAGGAAGCAGAGAACUGACCCUUAUGUGAAGGCAUACCUCCUCCCAGACAAAUCUCGUCAAAGUAAGCGCAAGACUAAGCUGAAAUCGAACACAACAAAUCCGAUCUUCAAUGAAACAUUAAGGUACACUAUCAGUCACACACAACUUGAGACGAGAACUCUGCAGCUUUCAGUCUGGCACAAUGAUAGAUUUGGACGGAACAGCUUCCUAGGUGAAGUGGAGAUCCCAUUUGAUUCCUGGGAUUUUGAAAAUCAAGUUGAGGAAUGGAUUCCAUUGCAGCCAAAGUUCGAACCUAUUGUUGAUACUGUUCUACAAUAUAAAGGAGAACUGACAGUUUCUUUGUGUUAUACUUCACCUGGCCAGCAUCUGACUGCUGAAACAAAUCAUCCUAAAUCUAAAAGGAAUUUCAGUAGAGGAAGGAAAAGUUCUGCCCAGGUGGCUUCUGGUGGCCAACUUGAGGUACUCAUUAAGGAAGCAAAGAAUUUAACAGCAGUAAAAGCAGGAGGAACCUCAGAUACAUUUGUUAAAGGAUAUCUACUUCCUGAUAAUAGCAAAACAUCAAAACACAAAACCCCUGUCAUUAAGAAGAGUGUAAACCCUCAUUGGAACCACACCUUUACCUACAGUGGAUUAUACCCCAAUGAUUUGCAGAAUGUCUGUUUGGAGCUGACCGUUUGGGACAAAGAAUCCCUCUCCAGCAAUGUGUUCCUGGGUGGUAUCAGGCUUGGCACUGGUGAUGGGCGUAGCUAUGGCAAUGAAGUUGAUUGGGCUGAUUCCCAAGGGGAAGAGCAGCAUAUGUGGCUUCAAAUGAUAGCAAAUCCAGAUGUCUGUGUGGAGAGCACAAUAAUGCUGAGAUCCAGCAUGGGAAAGCAAAAAUUUUGAAUGUCGCAGGGUAGAAAAUUCAACACAACACUGAAUGCUGUUCCCCAAAUUCUAAUAUCAUUGAGACUGAUAUGACUGUGAUUGUCUGUGAUCGUAUCUUAUGUUUUAUACAGCUACAUUUUUAUUCUUUUUCAUUUCUAAUAUCCAUUUCCUUGGGAUUAUGUUAAAUAGCUCUUGCAGCAGAUGUUGAAAUUGCUGGUGCAAUAGUUGAGAGGACAAUUUCCUCAAGUAUUUAUGCAUUCAUGGCUCAGUUAUCAGGAAUUUUGAGCACCUCGGCUAAUGGAUGGAGAAAUAUAUAGCCAUGUUUCUAAGAUCAAAUACCAUCAAAAAUGAAAUCAUCUUUGAUUCCUUAUUUCUUGGUAUAACUGAGGUAGUAGUUUUUUUAUUUGUUUGUUUAUUUGCACCAAAAGCUAUAGGAGAACUUGUGGCUGCUGAUGUGGCUCCACACUACUGCCAAUUCUGCUUUAAACUAGCCACAAAUUGGGUAUCUGAGAGGGACUUGCCCUUUGAUAAUGGCUCCCACCCUAUUAGGACAUAGAUGUGAUCCUCUCUGCUAUUAUAAAGCUAGAAUCAGAAUCCCAUUGUGAGAAUAAAUACAUUUGUAGUUAUAUUAAACACAAGUCUGAAUUAAGAUUUAAAUGUUGUUGUCUUUGAAAACUACAUGUAGAAUUCAAUGUAAUUUAAUGCUUAAGCUCCUGCUAUCAUCGCAAAGAUCUUUAGAUUAUCCAACCACAACCCCAAUAUUAAAAAAUGUCAUUUCCAAUAAUCUGCAGGCAGUGUUCUGGUUUCAUUAAGUUUCAGAGCAGUACAUGUCAUAUGGUUAUCCUGGACCAAAUCAAUCUAUCAUAUAUCAGCACUCCAAUGACUGUUGAAUUCACCAUCUACAAUUAUAGCCACAGAGCAGAAGAAGCUCUACUGUAUAAUGUCACCAAAGUAUAUGAACAAUGUCCUGGGAAGUAAUGUUGUUGGAGCAGAAAGUGAAUUUGGUGGUAAAUUUUACCAUUGAAGAUUCUUUGGAGAUAACAUUAUCAGUAGGAGCAUUUGAAAACUUGAGUCAAAAGUAUGAAUUCUGUCUUCAUACGUUGUGUCUUCAUCGCAUAUUCAAAGUGAUAGUGCUUCAAAACAGAAACAGUAGGCACAUAGAAAUUAUAUUUUACAGAAAGGCAUUUAGUGUUCAUUGGAACUGCAGGCACUUCAACAGGCAUGCAAAAGCCUCAUGAGUGUAACUGCCAUCUGUGGUGUCUGUAGUAUCAUUAGUAAUCUAAUGUACAAGUAAGUAAUGUGGCAUCUGUUAGUGUACAUGAAAUGAUUCACUAUGUACACCAUGCGGGUAAAUAUCACAGUAAAAGCAGUGCAAAUUACAAAAAGGAGACUUUCUAAAGCUUUGCAUUGGUCUGAAUAUUUGUCCCAAGUGAAAUUUUAGAUGGGACUCCUGAAAUUCUGAGCACAGCUCCUGGCAGUCUUAUUCAAAGUUUGCAACACAUUACAACUAUGAAACAAUCAUUUGAAUUUUAGUAACAACCACAAUUUUAUAAUUAUGGAUUCUGAGUUAUUAACUACUAAUGGAUAAAAAAAAUCACUUAAGUAUCAUCUAUGAGCACUCCUCCCGCAGAAUUAGUUCACUAGAUGUGCAAUAUGGACAGUGAAAUUCUUCGAUUAGAAAAUAGAAUAAAGAACUUUUAUUUUUUAGUGCUUAGUGCAUGGAUAAGUACUGUCAAAUAUAGUGCUUGAUUUUGUAGGCAAUUACCUGACUAUUAGCAAGCAAUGACAAAUUUAGUUUGAAAUAAAGUCAUUGAGUUAUUAUUAGCAGUAACUAAACAUUAUUAAUUGUGGGCAACAACUCUAGAAAAUGCAUUGGACUUGGAUGGAAAAAAAUGCAAAUUGAUGUAAUAUUUUAUCUAUUCUGUACCAGGUUACCCUCUUCUGAAAAAUGUUGCAAAUUUAAACUGUUUACAUUUCUGCACCUUUACAACAAUAAACAAAUUGUGC